AAAUAUUUACCUUCUUUUGAAAUUGGAUUCAAUACAGGAGGAUUUGAUUGGAAUUUUAUGUUGAAAAAAAUAUAUUUAUUAAAUAUUGAAAAAGAAAUCAAUAUUGAUGAAAAGAUGCAGAGAAAAAUUUAUGGAAUUGAAAGUUCUAAUCGAAAUAUCAAAGUAAAUCCAACUGAAACAAUGAUCUGUGAAUAUUAUCAUUUACCAGGAACAAUUUUUAUUGAUCUUUUAGUUUGGGCAAAAAAAACAUUUCCUACAGAGAUAAAAAAUACUUUGGAUGUUGUAUUAAAACGUUGUGAAUUAUUAGGGAAAGUAGAUUUACCAUAUAUACCAGAUUCAUCAGAAGAUUUACGUUGUAUGUUUGUUUAUAUAAACGCAAUUAAAUUCAAGAAUAAUUUUCAAUUAUUAACAAGAUUAGCAGAACAAUUAUCAAACCUAACAAAGAUCUCAGUAGAAAAAU